AUGGAUGCUAGUGGCUUGGACUAUUUAAUUAGAAAGAAGUUAGAGACUCAAUACCUUAUGAAUAUGGCACAACUUGCAGAUAGGGUUCAUCAGGUCGAACGCCUAAAAGCUGAGAAAGCCAGAACAAAUAAAUAUCACAAAAAAGAGAAAUUUGCUUACAUAGACGCAAAUGAUUAUGUCUCUGACGUGGGUGAUGAUUGUUCUGAAGAAGGUAAGGUCAAUGUGGCUGAAUUAAAGCUAGGGCCCCCUUAUGUUUGUAAAUUAUUAAAACCAUCAAACGGAAAAAAGCCUGUAGAGACCAAUAAAAAUGAAAAGUUUACCACUAGAACUUACACUUUUGACAUUACAAAGUGUGAUGAAAUAUUUGAUUUGUUAGUCAAAGAUGGUCAGAUUAUAGUACCUCAUGGUUUGAAAUCUCCUCUUUUAGAACAAAGGAAGAAGAGAGGUUUUUGUAAGUACCAUAACUUUUUGGGUCAUAAAACUUCUCAAUGUGUGAUUUUCAUGGAUUUGGUCCAAAAGGCUCAGAAUGAUGGAAGAUUGCAAUUUAGCGAGAAGCCUAAAUCAUCAAUGAAAGUGGACUCAUACCCCAUGCAGAUGGAGGAGGCCUACUAUGCGAACCUAUAG